AUGUUUAUUGUAGCAACAUUGGACGAUACAGUUUCUAUUGCACCACAUUUAUUCAAUGAACAAUUGAGUACUAUUGUAGCUGAAGAACUUGAUCGUAAAUUAGCCAAUACAAUUUUUCAAGAAUUAGGUUUAUGUAUAUGUUUGUAUGAUAUUUUAUCUAUGGGUGAUUGUAUUCUAUUGCCAUCAGAUGCUAAUUUUCAUAUUAAAGUUAAAUUUCGUUAUGUUGUCUUUCGUCCGAAUAUUGAUGAAAUUCUUGUUGGUAAGAAAAGAAAUGAAUGA